AUGAUAACAAAAAAAAUGCUCAAUCUACAUUUUUUAUUUAUAACGGUUUUAGUAGCCUUAGUAAAACAUACACCCAUAGAUUACAAAAAUACGUGCAUGAUUAGUAAGAGCUGUAGAAAAAAUCCAUGCGGUAUAGUUAAUCGCGCGUUAAGUGGAAUUAAUGCAAACAAAACAAGUACAAAGGCAAAGGCACUGAUUACCUUAUCAUCCUUGAUAUAUGAUUUGCAGUUAUCGAAAUUUGUCAAUCUAGAUAUAUUUCGAAAGGACCAAUCAUCAGGUAUUAGGAACUACAGUAUUAGGAGAUCACCAUUUCCAUCGUACAUAAUACAAAAAAGGUUAAUGAGUGAGAAGGGUGAUAACAACAGUACAAACAACAUGAGUAUACCAAAUCAGGAUAAUAACAUAUCAGGAGGAGGGGAUUCAUCAGAAGGAAACAAUAAUGGUGUUAAUUCCGCCCACCCACAGGAUAAGAGCAAAAAUGCAUUGGGUGAAAUCGAAAAAAUGUCAGGUGUCACAGGUGCCACUAACGAUGGAGCGAACACUGCAGUGAGUUCAGUUACAGGAGACGAUAAUGAGAACCAUGGAAAAAAUGAACCCAUAAUACACUACAGAAAAGAUUACAAACCAAGUGGAUUCGUCAUUGAUAAUGUGACGUUGAAUAUAAAUAUUUACGACAAAGAAACAUCUGUAAGAUCCAUUUUGGACAUGAAACUGAGUGAACAUUAUAAUGGAGAAGAUCUCAUAUUUGAUGGUGUUAGUUUAGAAAUUAAAGAGAUAUCUAUUGACAACAAUAAAUUAAAGGAAGGAGAACAUUACACAUAUGAUAACGAAUUUUUAACCAUAUAUUCAAAGUUCAUUCCAAAGGGAAAAUUCACAUUCAGUUCUGAAGUUAUUAUACACCCAGAAACAAAUUAUGCAUUAACAGGUUUGUAUAAAACAAAGAAUAUCAUAGUGUCCCAAUGCGAAGCUACAGGAUUUCGAAGAAUUACUUUCUUUAUUGAUAGACCAGAUAUGAUGGCUAAAUAUGAUGUAACAGUUACAGCAGAUAAAGAAAAAUAUCCAGUACUUCUAAGCAAUGGUGAUAAAUUAAAUGAAUUUCAAAUACCUGGAGGAAGACAUGGAGCUCGAUUUAAUGACCCGCAUUUGAAACCAUGUUAUUUAUUCGCUGUGGUUGCUGGAGAUUUGAAACAUUUGAGUGAUAGUUAUGUUACCAAAUUUUCAAAAAAGAAAGUAGAAUUAUAUGUAUUCAGUGAAGAGAAAUAUGUAUCUAAAUUAAAAUGGGCUUUAGAAUGUUUAAAAAAAGCUAUGAAAUUUGACGAAGAUUAUUUUGGCUUAGAAUACGACUUGUCAAGAUUAAACCUUGUAGCUGUUUCAGACUUCAACGUUGGUGCAAUGGAAAAUAAAGGAUUAAAUAUUUUUAAUGCGAACUCUUUAUUAGCAUCUAAGAAAAAAUCCAUUGAUUUCUCAUUCGAAAGAAUAUUAACUGUUGUUGGACAUGAAUAUUUUCAUAACUACACUGGUAAUAGAGUUACCUUAAGGGAUUGGUUUCAGUUAACUCUUAAGGAAGGUUUGACCGUACAUAGAGAAAAUUUAUUUUCUGAACAAACAACCAAAACAGCUACAUUCCGUUUAGAUCAUGUUGAUGUAUUAAGAAGUGUCCAAUUUUUGGAAGAUUCUUCUCCCUUAGCUCACCCGAUUAGACCAGAAUCAUAUGUUAGUAUGGACAAUUUCUACACCACGACUGUAUAUGAUAAAGGUAGUGAAGUAAUGAGAAUGUAUCAAACUAUAUUAGGAGAUGAAUAUUACAAGAAAGGAAUGGACAUAUACCUUAAAAAGAAUGAUGGUAGCACAGCAACAUGUGAAGAUUUUAACGAUGCUAUGAAUGAAGCAUAUAAAUUAAAAAAAGGUGACAACACAGCAAAUUUAGAUCAAUAUUUAUUAUGGUUCUCACAAAGUGGUACUCCUCAUGUGACAGCUGAAUAUUCAUAUGAUGCAAGUAAAAAAGAAUUCGUAAUUGAUGUAACGCAGGUUACAUAUCCAGAUCCAAAUCAAACAGAAAAGAAGGCUUUAUUUAUUCCUAUCAAGGUUGGUUUUAUUAAUCCGCACAAUGGAAAAGAGGUUAUUCCAGAAACUACUCUAGAAUUUAAGAAAGAUAAAGACAGGUUCAUUUUUAAAAAUGUAAAUGAGAAACCUAUACCAUCUUUAUUCAGAGGAUUUAGUGCACCUGUUUAUAUUAAAGAUAACUUAACUGAUACUGAAAGAAUAUUACUUCUAAAAUAUGACACAGAUGCAUUUGUACGAUAUAAUGUUUGUGUAGAUCUAUACAUGAAACAAAUUUUAAAAAAUUACCAAGAGUUGCUACAAGCCAAAUCGGAAAAUAAACAAGAUUCUGUUGAGAAACCAACAUUAACACCCGUAAAUGAAGAUUUCAUUAAUGCCAUCAGAUAUCUAAUGGAAGAUCCUCAUGCAGAUGCAGGUUUCAAAUCAUAUAUUAUAACUCUACCACGUGAUAGAUUCAUCAUAAAUCAUAUUACCAAUGUAGAUACAGAUGUAUUAGCUGAUACGAAAGAUUUUAUAUACAAACAGUUGGGUGAUAAAUUGAAUGAUCUUUACUUCAAAAUCUUUAAAAACAUCCAAGCCAAAGCUGACGACAUGACACAUUUUGAAGAUGAAUCUUAUGUCGAUUUUGAACAAUUAAAUUUAAGAAAAUUAAGAAAUACCUUAUUAACCCUAUUAAGCAAAGCUAAAUAUCCCCAUAUGUUGGAUCACAUUUUGGAACACUCAAAAUCACCAUAUCCAUCCAAUUGGCUAGCCAGCUUAGCUGUAUCAGCAUAUUAUGAUAAAUAUUUCGACCUCUAUAAAGAUACCUACAAUAAGUCCAAAGAUGAUGAAUUAUUACUACAGGAAUGGUUGAAGACUGUAUCCAGAUCAGAUAGAAAAGACAUAUAUGAUAUCAUCAAAAAACUAGAAACAGAAGUAUUAAAGGAUAGUAAAAAUCCCAAUGAAAUUAGAGCUGUUUAUCUUCCAUUCACUUACAAUUUAAGAUAUUUCAAUGACAUUUCUGGAAAGGGAUACAAAAUGAUGGCAGAUAUUAUUAUGAAAGUUGAUAAAUUCAAUCCCAUGGUUGCCACACAGUUAUGUGAUCCCUUUAAAUUAUGGAAUAAACUUGACCAAAAACGACAAGACAUGAUGAUGAACGAAAUGAACAGGAUGCUUUCCAUGGAAAACAUAUCCAAUAAUCUGAAGGAAUACUUAUUAAGACUCACAAAUAAGUUAUAA